CAUUCAUUAUACAGUUAUACUCUUGCCUGGGCUGCAUUUUUCCCGGUCCUGGAGAAACCCAUCACCAUGUCCUUACCAAAGACUCACAGAGGGCAGGGCUCUGUGACUCCUCGGCAUACUCAUUCGCAUUUGUUGUUGACAACUGUCUGCUUCGACCUCCUUCUCCUCACAACCCCGUCUAAAUGGAGUGUGUAAUCCUCCUUCCCACUCACUCUUUUCACUCCCAGGGAUAGGAAUGUUGGCUCCUGUUCUCUGUCACCUGUCAGAAUCUGUCCUCCUGUCACUGGCUUAUAUGGACAAGUCAGCCUUCUGUCACGUGACCCCAGCUGCUAAAAACAGCCCCAGCUCCCACUCCAAACCUGGGCCUGAAACAAUGUCCUCCACCAAAAGAAACAUGAAGGACACUUGAUCACACAAUCCUUGGAAUUAUUUCCAGGAAACCCUUGUAGAGACCAUUCGGAGCACCCCUUCCCUGGCGGUGCACACCGUGACGGCUAGGAGAUGAGCGCAUCUUUGAAUUAUAAGUCUUUUUCCAAAGAGCAGCAGACCAUGGACAACUUGGAGAAGCAACUCAUCUGUCCCAUCUGCUUGGAGAUGUUCACGAAGCCUGUGGUCAUUCUUCCCUGUCAGCAUAACCUAUGUAGGAAAUGUGCCAGUGAUAUCUUUCAGGCCUCUAACCCGUACUUGCCCACAAGAGGAGGCACCACGGUGGCAUCAGGAGGCCGAUUCCGCUGCCCAUCCUGUAGGCAUGAAGUGGUUUUGGACAGACAUGGGAUAUAUGGACUUCAGAGGAACCUGCUGGUGGAAAAUAUCAUUGACAUCUACAAGCAGGAGUCCACCAGACCAGAAAAGAAGUCCGACCAGCCCAGGUGCGAGGAGCAUGAAGAAGAGCGCAUCAACAUCUACUGUCUAAACUGCGAGGUGCCCACCUGCUCUCUGUGCAAGAUCUUUGGGGCACACAAGGACUGCCAGGUGGCUCCCCUCACUCACGUGUUCCAGAGGCAGAAGUCUGAGCUCAGUGAUGGCAUUGCUGUCCUUGUGGGAAGCAAUGAUCGAGUCCAGGGAGUGAUCAGCCAGUUGGAGGACACCUGUAAAACUAUUGAGUGUCUUGCAGAGCUGGCCUGGCCAGGCACCUGGCCCUGGACUGGUCCUGGCGAGCUGCUGAGCUUAGGAGAAAUCACAUUGUGGACUCCUUGUUGCCCUUUAAAAGUAAUGUGUUCAGUUGAGGAAUGCUGCAAAAAACAGAAACAGGAACUUUGUGAGAAGUUUGAUUACCUGUAUGGCAUCCUGGAGGAGAGGAAGAAUGAGAUGACCCAAGUCAUUACCCGAACUCAAGGGGAAAAACUGGAACAUGUCCGUGCUCUGAUCAAAAAGUAUUCUGAUCAUUUGGAGAAUGUAUCAAAGUUGGUCGAGUCAGGAAUCCAGUUCAUGGAUGAGCCAGAAAUGGCAGUGUUUCUGCAGAAUGCCAAAACCCUGUUACAAAAAAUUUCUGAAGCAUCGAAGGCAUUUCAGAUGGAGAAAAUAGAGCAUGGUUAUGAGAACAUGAACCACUUCACAGUCAACCUCAAUAGAGAAGAGAAAAUAAUACGAGAAAUUGAUUUUUACAGAGAAGAUGAAGAGGAAGAAGAAGAAGGAGAAGGAGAGGGAGAAGGAGAAGAGGAAGGAGGAGGAGACAGAGAGGAAGAAGUACAAGAAGAAGAAGAAGAAGUAAAAAUCGAAGAGGUAGAACAUGUUGGAACAGAGCCAUCAGAAGAAGAUGAAAGUCUGGAGAAAGCCUUGGAGCUCUCUCAGCUGGCCUCAGAGGUCCAGGCUGCCCCAGCAGCACUUCCUGUUUCCUCUCCAGAGCCACCUCCAGCCCUGCCACCUGCUGCAGAUGCCCAAUUGACACAGGGGGAGGUUGUAUCCACUGGCUCUCUGCAGGCCACAGAGUCUGAAACUCCAGUCCCUACAGCCACGGACACUGCGGAUCCCUUGCUUUACCCUAGUUGGUAUAAAGGCCAAACCCGGAAAGCUACCACCAACCCACCUUCUACCCCAGUGAGCGAAGGUCUGGGGCACAUAGGGCCUCCUGGUUCUGAGGAUUCGAGUGCGCAGAAGGCAGAAGUGGCAGAAGCUGCAGCCAGUGAGAGAGCAGCAGUGAGUGGUAAGGAAACUAGUUCACCUGCAGCUACUUCUCAGGCCCAGAGAUGAAUUUCUCCCCACCUUGAGGCUCAGCCACCUAAAAAGAUCCAAGUUCCUAGACAAUACUGUGGCAUGGAGCUCCCACAGUGCAAUCACCCCAUGGCAGCUUCCUGAGGAGAAUUGCUCCAUUAUCUAAUCCUGCAUGGAGGGAAUCCUGAUUCAGAAGUGACUCCGUGGGCAAUUAUUCAGUAAUCCAGUAACAAUGGGCCCUCCAAAUGUCCAUUAAUGGGGGGAACAGUUUCAAAAGGCAUCCAUGAUGCUGUGGGAAUUUCCAUAGAUUAAGUAGCAGCAUUUUAUCUGCUUACACCAGAGGGGCCCAGGAGGUGGCCAGAUGACUUUUGUUGGGGAUACAUAGGCAAUUCGUGGUCUAGUGGGCAGUUGGACUAGGUGAUUUCUCAGUUGUCUUUGAACCCUCAGCCUCUACAGUCUGUCCUGGGAGAGGGAGCCCUAAGAUAAAGGUUCCCUGGGUACAGCAAUGUCAGGGGGAUUGCAGCCAGGGGAGAUCUGAAUGAGUGAAGAGUCAGAGAUCAAUGUUCACAUACCAGCCAUAAAGAAUUAGAACCAGAGAAAAGUCAUAAAGCCAACAAACAGCAGGUUAUUUUUAAGACACCUCUCUCAUAGUCAAUCCUUUUCUUGAUUACUGUUGGGAGGUUUGCUCAGGGACUGACAUCUUACUCCUUUAAAUGUUACCAGUUUAAUUAAUUAUAUUUAAAGAUUCAAACCCCAUGAACUUUUAGUAAAUGACCCUGCUGGACCUGAGACCCAGCUCCCUGUGCCUAUAGCUCAGAAGCAAUUCAGGGUGACUGUGCUGAAAAGCCUCAGCUAUUUCGGGCUCAUUGACUUUUUACAGGGUUGACAUCAACUCUUCUGGAAGUUCCCAUCAUACAGUUCCUUUUUGCCUCAUUAGCUGUCUUCUCAGCAAAGGCAGUGGGAUCUUUGUGGAUUCCUGUCAUGUCUUUAACUGUGUGUGAGUGGGACCUGCCCCCACUGGUUAAUAGUUAGCCAGAAACCUGUGCCCCUAUAGUCUGCUCAGGUGCUUACCUCCUCCUGCUGUCAUUGUUUAUGUGGAAGAGUAGUGGGAGGACAUAUUAGCCAUGGACUCAGUGGGGCAAAAGGGGAGAGAGAAAACUCCAUGUGUUACUGGAAUAAUCUAAUGUGGAUCUGAAUAAUUGUCUGAAGAGUCUAGCUUACAUUCUGAGAAGUCAGGUUUUGGGCUUGGUUGCCAUACAUCCUUGUAAUACUUCUCUGAGUCUGCAGGGGGAGAGUCAUGCUUCUUGUCUGCCAUCCACUGAGCCCAUGUCAUGUACACUGACAUUCAUGUGCCUGUUUGGUGGGAUGAGGGUGAGGCAAGUGGGGAUGAGGGGAGGUAGGGUGAAUUGACAUUCAGUUUUGUAAAGAACCGUGCUUGUGUAGUUCUCGGUGUUUGAGAAAGGGCCUGUCACAUAGAGAAGAAAAUCUUUUUAUGAUGGAGUACCACUCUCUGAUCCAUGAAAAAAGAUAUGAACAGAUCGAUAGAGACCUCAUCAAAGUAUCAGACUCCUGUCCUCUGAACUUUUUGCAGGCCUGAUACACCUUCAUCACCUCACUAAAUUAGUAUUUGUCCAAUGCAACGUUAGCUUGUUGGAAUUUCAUACUUCAUCAUUAGUCUUCCCCUGAACAGUUACAGUGUGAUAUAAAGUUCUCCUUGAUUCACUGGUCCCAUGUCAGGGAAUGAGGUUGCCUCAGAAACUCAGAAGCAUGUCAGCUCACUUGCUCAUCUGUAAACUCACUUCAGACCUCAUCAGCCAGACUGCAAAGCUUUUAAGACCAGUGUUCUAUUACCAGGUGCUUUCCUCAUGGCCAUUCACCUGCCUUUACUUUUGCUGCCUGUGAUUUCAUGCAAUCUCUACUUUAUCAUGCACCUUCUCUCUUCACCUAAUCACAUAGGCAGAUUGUGUGUUAGCAGCUGGUCAUGGCAAGAACUAGAAAUCAAUUCCCUCCACCAGUAGGGAAUGGGGACUUUGCUUUUUAUAGAUUAGAAGAGCAUUGUUGCCUUCCCAUUCUCAUUCUCAAAGAAAAAAUAAUUUCUCUACUAGGUUUGAAUUCAGCCCUAUAUCAAGUUAGAUCUCAUAGAAGACAUCCUUCUGCAGGAUUCACUUUGAAACUGUUCACUCCCCAUUCCUCCCAGAAAAUCUUGUGAAGGAGGUCACAGGUCGAACUAUGCAAAGCCUCUUACAUGAACUGGUCUUUAGCUACAAAAUUGCCCUCUAAGUUCCACCAUUCUGGGCCAUGACUGCUAUAUACUCAGUCAAUGCAAAGAAUUUGGUGGAAAUGAUAUUUGACCUAUGUCAUGUGUUAAUUUUAAAUUUUACUUUGAAAAAAAUUACCCCAGGGCCUAGUUAACCUCAGAACACAGGACAAUAAUAUGGUGGGGAAGACUUUUUGAUACAGGUUGGCUUCUCUUGGAAAGCAGUGUCUAUGAGCCUCACUUCCUGGGGAUGCCUGGUUCAAUCUGCUUCCAUCUGCUGCCCUUCCUCUUCCUACACUACUUACAUGAAAAUUACACCUGGGUGUUAACACAGGGACUGCCUCCACUCCCAUCCGACCCCCAUGGACAAUUGGGUAUUUUAUGGGAAUGUCAAUGGCAAUUAGAUUUUUUCAGAGUGGGAGCAGUAAUGUUUCUGUUCCCCUUUCUUUCUUCUCAGGGAGGUUUAGUGGCCUUGGGUGGAAGAAUUUGUCCAAACCAUUUAAUAGGAUCUGUUUAGGGAGCAGGAAUUUCCAAAUAAAUGUUUCCUUAUUUGGUAGAUUAACUUUGCAGCUGCUCUGGCUGAUACUUGAGCUUGACCAUGGCAGCUACCUCAAGGUCAGAAGACCACCCCAUCUCACCCUCUAAACACACACACACACACACACACACACACACACACACACACACUCCACAAACAGCUAAUUACUUUGGAAAUAGGGACUUUGACAUUAAAACUUCUGCCUCUAUAAAGAACCACAGCUCAUAUAUUUUACCAGAGCAUGAAUUUGUAGUCAUACAAGUCCCAAAAAACUUUAUAGCUAUUUUUUGUUUUGAAGAAUAGAAUAUCCAUUUGUUACAUUCCAUUCUUCGAGUCUGAAAAUAGACAAAUAAGUUGGUCAGACAUUCUGCUAAGGUAUGAGGCACUGAAAAGAUCAAUGAAAUUAGGAAAAAGAGUUUAGGUCCCAGCCUUUCUGCUUCUACACCUGACUCUUGGGGUAUUUCUUUGAAGCUCAGUUUGCUAACCAGGAAAAUAAAGUAACUAUCAAUGAGAAAAUUCAUCUAUUUACACAAUGUUAGUACAAAAAUUUUAAUAAAUUAUUUCAGGAUGUUUUUAUUGGGAGUAUUCUGGACUUAGGACUGAUACAAAUCACUCUGAGUGACAAUAAUAACAAAAGAUUCUCACUAAAAUUUAUAGCCCAUUGCAUUUUCUAAAAUAUAUUUCUUGUUUUGAAGCUCUUAUAUAAAUCCCCAUUUCCCAAACUAUUUUUCCAACAUCCAUUUAACAGAAUGCUUACACAGCUCUUACUCCCCCUUUAGAUGCCAUAAAUUCCAUAAAAGCCUGUGAGGACUCAACUCUGCAGUCCACCAAAAGACAUUUUUAGAAUCCAUUGCCCAGUAGAGCAAAGACAGACUGUACACAUUAGAGACGGUCACAAAAUAUUAGGAGAAUCAAUAGAUGACAGAUAUGAUUUUUUAAAAUGUACCUAUUUUAUGUAAAGAACUUUUUACAAAUAUGUAGCAUUGUAUAGCCACUACCACAAUUAAGAUAUAGUAUAUUUCUGUUAUUCCAAAAAGCUCCCUCAUGUGUCUUUGCAGUUAGUCAACUCUCUGUAUCCCAGCUGAUUUUUUGCUUGUCAUUAUAGUUUUGCCAAUUCUAGAGAGUCAUAUAAAUGAAAAGAUGCAUUCUGUAGACUUCUGUGACUAGCUUCUUUCACUAAAAAUAAUGCUUUUGAGAUUUCUCCAUUUGUUGCAUGUAUCAUCAGAAGCUCAUUUCUUUUUAUCAUGUGCAAUAUUCUAUCAAAUGGAUAUACCACAAUUUAUUUAUUCAUCACUUGAUGCAUGAUUGUUGUGUUGUUAGCAAUUUUUGCUCUUUAUAGGUAAGGCUUCUAUGAACAUUCACUUCUAUGAAUAUAAGUCUUUGUGAAUGUGUCUUUCAGUAAAUACCUUGGAAUGGAAUUGCUGGAUUAUGUGGUAAAUUCAUGGUUAACUUCAUCAGAAACGGUCAAACUUUUCCAUACUGGCUAUUCAAUUUUGUGUUUCUCCCAGCAAUGUAAGAGAGUUCUAGUUACUCCACAUCCUAGACAGAACUUGGUAUUGUGCUAAUCUUUUACAUUUUUGCCAUUCUAAUGGAUCUGUAUGGUAUCUUCUUGUAGUUUUAAUUUGCAUUUUCCAGAUGACUAAAAAUGUUUAGAAUCUUUUCAUGUGCUUCUAAGUCAUUUUUAAAUUUACUUUAAUGAACUAUCUGUUCCCAUAUUUUGUUGACUUUUUUAUUCAGUGUUUGUCAUCUUGGAGAAUUGUAAAAUCAUUUAUGUAUUUUGAUGCUCUACCGACUGAGCUAUCCGGGCCCUCACAAAAUCAUUUAUGUAGUUUGGAUAAAACUAUCUUUCCAAAAAUGUUUUGCAAAUGCUGGGGUCCAGCCCCAGCGGGUCCAGGGGUCCCCAAAGGUGUGGACGGAGUAGGCGAAGAAGGAAUGACACAGAGGCAGCGUUCAGUUGAUCAGCAGCCUAGCCAGGAUCUCUAGCCAGGAUCUCCAGCCAAGUUCUGGUCUGGAUCUCCAGCGAAGUUCUGCUUAGGAUCUCCAGCCAGGUUCUGUGGCCAUGUUCCCUCGCUAGGUUCUCCAGCCAGGUUCUGUCCAGGUUCUCCAGCCAGGUUCAGUCACCAGGUUCUAGUCAGGUUCUCUUGCCAAUUUCUGUAGUCAGGUUCAGUCCAGGAUCUUUUGCCAUGUUCUCUCGCUAGGUUCUGUCUCUAGGUUCUGAGGCCAGUUUCUGUCCAGGAUCUUUUGCCAUGUUCUCUCCAGCGAAGUUCUUCUGUCUCUAGAGAACGUUCUGUGUAGGUUCUGUGCCUAGGUUCUGUCUCUCUUGGUUCUGUCUUCUAAGUUCUGUCUCUUUCUGUCUUGUUACAUCUGUAUUUAUACCAGUUGAUUCAAUCCUAUCAAUCUCUAUUACAUAGGUUAGGGCGUUUCUUAUCUCCAUUCCAGGGAGUAAAGAUUAUGUAGCUUAAGCAUGAUUGCUCGUAGUUAAAGUGAUUAAUUACCUGCCUGGCACUUAGUUAAGAGGUUUUAUUCCCUCCCUAACUUCAGGGGAAAAUCCCUACCUGGGGAAACAACCUUUCUCAGAGAGGUGACCUUGGUUAAAACACAUAGUGCCAAGAAGGUGAGCAAACAUAUCAAGAACAGUAUGCCAUAUAAGCCAGGUCCCUUGAAACAGCAAGGAUGGAUCGGCUCCCGGCAUGCAAAUAUUUUUCCCCAGUCUAUGGCUUGCCUUUUAAUUUUCUUAAUAAUGUAUUGUGAAGAUCAAACACCUUUAGUUUUAAUGAAGUCCAAUUUAUCAUUUUUCUCCUUUUGAUUCAUGCAUUUUGUAUCCUAUUUAAGAAAUCUUGGCUUACCUCAAAAUCAAAAGAUUUUCUCCUAUGUUUUCUUCUAGAAUUUUUUAUAGUUUUAGCUCUUAAAUUAGAUCUAAGAUCAUUUUAAGUUAAUUUUCAUAUGUGUGGAGUAAGAAUAAAGGUUUUCAGUUUUUGUGUGUUUGUUUGUUUUCCAUAUAGAUAUUCAUUGGUUUCAGCACUAUUGGUUAAAAAGACUAUGGUUUCCUCACUUAAUGACUGUAGAAAUUUAAAUGACCACAUAUGUAUGGAUCUACUUCUUGACUCUCUAUUUUGUACCAUUGACCUGUAUGCUUGUCCAUCUACCAGUAUCACACUGUUGUGAUUAGUAUAACUUUAUAGAAGUCUCCAGAACAGGUAAGUUAAGUCCUCCACUUGAUUGGUUUUAUUUGGCUUUUUUUUCUUCUAUUUUUGGUAUAUUUCCUACUGCAUUCAUUCUUGCUCUUUAUAAUUUUUAUUCUUAUGCUCACUUUGAACUUUAUUUAUCUUUUCUCAUUCUAGUUCCUUAGGGUUAAAGCUUGGAUUAUUGAUUUUAAAUAUCUUUCUUUUUUGCUAAUAAAACCACAUAAUGCUAUAAAUUUUCUUCUAAUUUCAGCUUAGAUCAUCCCACAAGAUUUAAUAUGUUGUAUUUUUAUUUAAUUCAAAAUAUUUUCUAAUUUACCUUCUGCUUUCUUCUUUGACCCCUGUGUUAUUUAGAUGAAUAGUAUUUAAUUUCUAGAUAUUGGGUGAUUUUUUAGACAUAUUUCUGUUUAAUUUCUGUUUUGAUUCUGUUGUGAAGAAAGAGUAUUCUUUAUAUGAUUCCAAUCCUUUCAAAUGUAUUAAGAUUUGUUUUAUGGCCCAAAAUAUGAUCUAACUUAGUGAAUGUUCCAUGUGCAAUUGAAAACACUGUAUUUUCUGUUGUUGGGUGGUGUGUUCUACAAAUAUCAAUUAGGUCAGUUGAUUUGUAGUGUUGUUCAAGUGAAUUAUAACCUUACCGAUUUCCAUUUAACUUGUUUUAUCAAUUGCUGAGAGAGGGAUUUUGAGAUAUCUGACUAUAAUUGUGGAUUUAUCCACUUAUCUUCUAAGUUCUAUCAAUUUUGAAACUCUGUUUAGGUGUAUUCACAUUUAGCAUUGCUAUAUUGUUAUAUUUUCUUAAAGAAUUAAUGCCUAGGUAAAUGUGAAAAAAAAAAAAGAUAACUUCUUUUCUACCUUUCCUCUUUUUCUAUCUGCCUACCUGAAUGGCUAUAAAGAGGGGUCUUCAUUCACAUAUACUAUCUUUUAAGGCAGCUAGAAAAGACAGGGGGCAGGUGGAAUGGAACUUGGAGGAGGAAGGUGCUGACAAUCCUCAAGGCAUUCCCAAUGGUUGGCCAUAGCGAAGGCCUCAUGGCCUAAAUCUAACAAGUCUGUCUCCCCUUCCCCCUCCAGCCAUGCACAAAGUCAAAUAGAGCAAAGGCUGGGAUGGCUGAGGUUCCCGAUGCUUUUAAGUGACUAGGCUGAACUUUGCAAUCUGGUGAUCAGUUGUCACUGGUCUGUGGGUUCCUAUUUUUAGCUUUGAUGUAAAUUGCAUUAUGAGCUAAUGUCUCUGUACACUUUCACGGCACACCUGCACUCUAGUUCACUCCUUGUCUUGUCUAAACCUGUUCCACAGAGGUGACCCUGUCAAGAGCCAGGGACAUCCAGAACCAGGCUUGUUUUCUUAGUGAAGAAGGUCCAAGGUUCCAAAUCUAAGAAGGUGCAGUUUGUCCCUUCUGUCCUAAGUGUUCCUCUCUACAUAUCAUAAGCUCAGAGACAGAACCUGAGGAACAAUGUGGGUCACCCACACCUGUGAGCUCUUCAUUCUAAAAUAGCAGAAGGAUGUGUGGAGAUCAAGGCCAGUAUGAAAAAUGUCACCAAGAAAACUAGCCCAUGGCCAUCUUAGUUCCUGACCCACGCUCUAUAAAGGUACUUCCAGAGGAAAAUUUUUUAAACAAUUUAGAAAGAAAGGAGAAAAGAAAAGGAAAGGUAAGGAAAGAGAAAGACCUAUGGUUUAAAUGGUUAAAAAAGACACUUGGGAGCUAACAAAGAUUCUUUAGUCUUCUUGAAGCUCAGGGUUUAGUUCCUAGGCUCUCAGAAACUAAUGUGUCCAGAGACCUAAGACCUUAUCAAAUUUUUCAUCAUCCCAAGAUUCAGUCCCCUUGAAAAUAUUCAUGUUUUCCUAAAUUAGAAUGAGCAAUAGGCCAAAGUAUCCUUGGGGAGCCCUGGGUCUCCACAAGGUGUCACUCUCAAAAAAGAUAAAACCAUUUUCAUGCGAAUAACCUUUGAGACCAGAUCUUUGAUUUCAAGGGCAAAUAUCAAUUCCAGCUGCUACCAGAGACUGAGAGGUGACAGAUCCCUGAGGCUAGAGGCCUGGAAGGCUUCUUUUCUGAGAAAGAUUAAUUUCACAAGUUAUUAUAAGAACAUUAACAAAAUAAAGCAGGAGAUCAAAAACAUGAUUUCCCACGAGUGUGACUCUAGGUUCUGCGUUUUUUGAAAUGAUCUCUUUAAUUUUCCAGAACAGCAGAAAUGAAUGAAAAUGUAACUAUGUUCUCUAAAUUUAAUUGAGAAAUUCAGGUUGUCGAACUGUUUUCUAAUAGAAAUCCCUACUGAGAGUGAUUGAAUUAGGAGAUUCAAGCUUACAACUCACUGAUACGCCCUGUGUCUUUACUGUGCUGGAAUUUCAGACCUUUAAAAAAUAGAUAGAAAACUAACUAGUGGUCAGGACUGGCCUGCAUUUACUGCUUAACUUUGUCCUGGAUUUAAUAACCCUGGAAAUCAUAAGACAUUAUAAUAAUGAAAUACAUGCAUUUUUACAUAGAAAAAUUAUAGAAGAGAGUAAGGUUUUUCUUAAACAAGUAAGCUUUAGUGAGGCCAUUACAUUAACAUUAUUAAUGCUCUUUCAUUUAUAUCCUAUAAUUGCAAUUUUCUUUUUCUGGGAUUUUUUUUUAAGCCUUGCUGGAAAAGUGACAUCCUAAUAAUUGUCAAUUGGGGGCUUUUCUAGAAGGACAAAAAAAACAACAACAAACCUUUACUAAAAAUAUAGACUAAAUUUCUCAGGAUCAAAUAGCAUCCUUAGUAAAUGUCACUCUAAUAGGAAGCUAAAUGGAUGCAUCCAUUUUAAAAAGGAAAAUAUAAUGUAAAUUAUGUGUGAGCAAUGUAAUGAAUUCAUUUCCCCUGGCAACCUAUGCUUACAGCUGUACUAUUCCAUGAAAACUGUGACACAGGUACCAGAGAGAGCUCUCCGGGGAAGUUGUUAUGACAUUGCUAAUUGAGUUUUGCUUCCUGUGUCUUUAAAUUGUUUUAUUGUUUUCAUUAAAUCUAAGACCGAUAUCAGUGUUGUAUGUCCUGUGGAUUUUUUCCUAUCCUUAUUUAUGUAUCUCAGUGAUUUCUAUGAAAUGCCUUUGUCCCCACUACAGCCCACAAAAAUAAGAAUUAAUCCACCAUACUGUUAACGCAUCUAAAAAGCCAAUUCUGUGUGGCAAUGGCUGAAACUAGUGUGUACAUAUUGCUUUAUCAUUUACAAAGUCUUUCAUAGAGAUUCUCUCACUUAAACCUCUCAACCACCCUGUGCAUAAGGAAUUGCUAAGCUUCUCCAUUUUAUAUUGAGGGAUCAUAGAGGAUGAGUGACUUGCUCAAGAUCACAGAGCAGUUGGAGCUUGGUGCGCAAUGAUGCCUCGUCUUUCCCUAUGGAGUGUGUGUGUACAGCACAAUAGAGGCCAAGUCCACAUCUAGGGAAAGUGGGUGAAUCCCCACUUCACCUGGGCUGAUGUGACUGAAGCGAAAAUAGUGUGACUAAAGGUUCCCUUGCUUUGAUUCACUAUUCAUGACACAUUGGCACAGCCUCCAGAGGGCAGAGGGCGUUUCUGGCCUCCACUGCUUGCAGGGAUAGGACUGUCUAUUGCAAAUGAGAGCAUUUCUAUCCUGUAGUUGCACCCCAUGCUGCUGGCCAUCCUGCCUCUCUAGCUGAUUUCCAGGGUGGAGUGGGCCAUCCUGAGUCUCAUCUGCUCAACAACACCAGAAACCCCUUUCUCUUUGAAUUUGUGGUCACUAUUAACAACUCUCAGCACUUUAUCUUAGAAUUACUUGGAGCAAGUUCUUCAACCUUUCUGAGACUGAGUUUUCUCACCUGUAAAUUGGGGAUAAUAAUACUAUCACCUCCCACAGCUUUUGAGAACCUGUGUGACCUAUUUGUCUAGCACAAGACAAAGUAACGAGUUUCAUAGGAUAAGACAUGGACAUUUCUAGGCAAAAUGUUAUCUUGCCGGAGUGUACAUCAAGCCAUUGUCACCCAUUAAUAUGUGACUUGCAAUUCAGUCAGUCAGAUUAAUUACUAGACUUGGAUAAACCUGAGGGAAGGGGACACAAGACUGAUACAUUUUAAUGGAUCAGGAUCAUGGGUCAUAUAGGGGAUGAUCAUUUGGGGAAGGGCUGAGGCUUGCCCUCAGGGGAAGGGCUGGAGUCUUAGGAAGCUUAGAGGCAGCCUGAGGGCACUGAUUACUGAUCAAAAUGACCUGGCAGAGCUCACCCUUUUACUUUGGGUUGGUCAAAAAUAUAAAAUAUAAUAAUCCUCCUCCUAAUGUGGCUACCCAGACUUGUGCCAGAAUGAAUGUCAGGAAAGCAUCUGUUGACUUUUGUUCAGUUGGUGGACCAUUUAGGUAAAUGCAUUGCCCACAAGCCAAAGCAAGAGCAUGUUCACCAAUCUGCACCUAUGCUAAAUGCCCAGGAACACAACUGGCCUCAUUGAACAAUGAAAGCAUUUCAUACUUUGAUUUUCAAGAAUCUUGCCACAAGAAACAUGUUGGCUUUAAAAAAAAAUUCAUCACACUUAGCAUAAAAAUCAAGUCAAAUAUUCCACUGAGCAUUUUACUCUCUUUUCUUUGACAUCUUCCUACUAAACCUAGCCUUCUAUUAAGAGCAACAAGCUGGUGUUGCCCUUCUGACUAAGAAGGUAACAUUAAUGGAAGAGCAGGUCAAGUAAAAGAAAAUGCUGACAGAUGCAUAAUACAAGAUAUAAUUUGCUUUCCUCUUAACUCUGAUCUGAGCACAGCAAUUGUACAAGCACAAUGAUAAGUAGCCACUGAAACCAGGCUUGCAUUGGGG